GAGCCCCCCCGGGUGCGAACGGCCGCCCGGCUCUUCCAGCAGAGCUGCUACCGCUACCGCGAGGAGCUCAGCGCCGGCAUCAUCGUGGCUGGCUGGGACCCACGGCGCGGGGGGCAGGUGUACGUGGUGCCCAUGGGGGGGAUGCUGCUGCGCCAGCCCUUCGCCGUGGGGGGGUCGGGCAGCUCCUACAUCUACGGCUUCUUGGACUCCACCUUCCGCCCCGGGAUGAGCCGGGAAGAGGCAGAGGAUUUCGUGGCCCGAGGUCCGCUGUAG